GCGAUGGAGAACGAGCGGGACUGUCUCUGCCCCAUGGAAGAAAAAGAAGAGGCAAAGCAGCAAGAGGACGAGGAGGAACGGCUGGAGAAAGAGCAUUUCUGGAAAAUCAUUAAUGCUUUUAGAUAUUAUAGGAUAUAUGCACAUGAGAGGGUAACUCGUUCUGAAAAGCAAUUUCGGUCACUUCCAGCAGCUCAUCGGAAGCUGCUUCCUAAUUUUCUUCCUCAUGUGAAAAAAUUAAGAGAGUGUAUUGAACAUAACUAUGAAAUAUUAAAAGAAAUCAUAAACAACUGCAAUCAUAUGUUUGAAAAUAAAGAAUAUGGAUUCAUUGACAUGGAGACUGACUUGGGAAGAUUAAAACCAGCAUCCACCUUUGACAUGGACAAACUCAAGUCCACCAUUAAGCAGUUUGUAAGAGACUGGAGUGAAGAUGGCAAGGCUGAGCGGGAUGCCUGUUACCAGCCAAUCAUUGAAGAAAUCAUAAAGCAGUUCCCUCGAACAGAAUGCAAUCCUGCUGAUUUGAACAUCCUUGUACCGGGAGCAGGACUUGGAAGACUGGCCUGGGAGAUUGCUCGACUGGGUUAUAGUUGCCAGGGUAAUGAAUGGAGUCUAUAUAUGCUCUUCUGUUCACAUUUUGUACUCAACAGAUGUUCUGGAGUCAAUACAAUGACUAUCUAUCCUUGGAUCCAUCAAUUUAGUAACAAUAAGCGAUCAGCUGAUCAGAUUCGACCCGUACGUUUUCCUGAUGUUGAUUCUCACAGUCUUCCUCCUCAUGCUAACUUUUCUAUGACAGCAGGAGAUUUUCAGGAGAUAUACACAGAACCAAAUGCAUGGGAUUGUGUGGCAACAUGUUUUUUUAUUGACACAGCUCAUAAUGUUAUUGAUUACAUUGAAACUAUAUGGAAGAUUCUGAAACUUGGAGGAAUAUGGAUAAACCUUGGUCCUUUACUCUAUCAUUUUGAGAAUAUGGCAAAUGAAAAAUCAAUAGAACUGAGUUAUGAAGACAUUAGGCAUUGCAUUCUUCAAUAUGGAUUCAAAUUGGAGGUAGAAAAGAACUCUGUACCAUCAACUUACACAGAAAAUGACCAUUCCAUGUUAAAAUACCUUUAUGACUGUGUCUUCUUUGUAGCCAAAAAACCUGCACAUGCAUCACCUCUAAAUGGCUUUCCACCGGUAAACAGUUGAGAAAGAAAAUGUUCAUCUUUUCUGUGAUUACAGACUUUAGAUUAUGAAAAUGGAGAAAGGAGUUACUCAGAGUCAGGACAAUCCAAUGACUCCAGAGACCACCGUACUCUUAAUAGUGCCUUUUUCUUUCUAAGUUACUUCAGGAAUUCCAAUCUAUUUCAGCCGUGUUUUGGGACAACCAGAAAAGUGCAAUGAAAUAAUUAUCUGUAAGACUGGCAAAAUGAGCAAAGUUGAAGAGAGGAAGAAAUAAAAUAUGAUACUCAGUGUUAUUUUCUGCUGAAGUUACCAUGUUGGUAUUUGUAUGCACACCUUUGUACCUUUUGUUUUAGUUACUGUUGUGCCCCCAUGUCCAGCUAGCCAAUUCAUAACUGACAUUAUUUCAUGAGGUAACCCACUCCCCCGUGCGUGCAUGUGCGGACAUUCACUCCAUGUGUUCUUAACCUCGAUACAUUGUAUUAUCAUGGUUCAUGUACUGUACUUUCAUCUUGUUGAGAUCGGAAUGAUAAUGAAUUCAGUACUUUUUUUGUCGACUUUGAGCUUGUUGAAUAUUUUGUGUGAUAUUACAGCUAGAUACUUUUUCAGUUUCAGCUGAAUGAAUCUUCCACGUUUACCAUGUAAUUUUCUAAAAGCUGGAAUGGGAGAUCUGAAUUAGGUUAUGGGAAUCUAUUCAGGUUGGGGUUUAAUUAAAACAACAUUGUUUUAUCAAUGUAAAAUGCUCAAAAUAUGCUAUAUUGUCUGACUUCUCAGCUUUGUGGUUGCUGUAUUUUAAAAUUCAUUAGUUGGCAUUGUUCUUAUGGAAGCAGUUAUGGAUUCUUGAUGGAGCAUUGUUUCUAAUAUAGCAUCAUUCAAAACAAAAGCUUUGAGCUCUAUGGAAAUGAAUGAUAUAUAUUUUGGCUUUCUUCGCUUGGAAAAUAACUACUGUUUGCUUCAGCAGUGCAAUUUAGCCAGUCCUGCUGAAGGGUCUCAGCCCAAAACACGACUGUACAGUCCUGCUGAAGGGUCUUGGCCCGAAACAUCAACUGUACUCUUUUUCCAUAGGUGCUGCCUAGCCUUCUGAGUUCCUCCAUCAUUUUGUGUGUGAGGUCUGCUUGAGCAUCUUGCCAAAACACGUCAACAUAGUUGAAAACAUUAACAAUUUUCUUAACAUCUUAUACUAUUAAGCACAAUCUAAUUGCAGUCUAUGUUAACUGUUCUUUGUAGCAUGGGGUGAAGUACAACCGUGUGAUAUGCAAAUCAUGUUGUUUCAUUGCACAAUCUUACUCCGCACAAUCCAACUUAAUCCCCACUUUAAAAAAGGCAAGCAAAAGAUCCUCAUAAACUUAGUUUCCAUAGAAACACACUGGCUAAAGGAUUAUUGAAAAUAACGUUCUUUCAGGAUUAUUUUGAUAACCUUUACUUCAAUAUGUAUUUUAAUGCAUUGCCAUGAAACUCAUUGUAGUCUAUAUGAUAGAAUCUCACAUGAGUUAUUAAUAUAAUUUAUAGUCACAUAGCAGUAAAAUGAGUCCCAUUUGUUACUCAUUGCUGUAGGGUAAUUUAACGCUUCAUAUUAGAAUCCAAAGGAUGUGACAGAGAGGUCUCAUAAUUAAACUUCCAUGACAAAUGCUUGUAUCAAUCACUACUUUGUACUUUCAUUACUCACAUUUGGUGUUGUGAAUACAGUGUAGCAUCAGUUGUUGGUGACUGGGUUGUUAUCCUUUAGAAUUGUCAGAAGAUUACUUGCUCCCUUUUAAUUGAAGAAUACCUUGCACAAAUCAGUAUGAUAGCUGUAAUUCAGAACAUGUUGAUUUGUAAAAUGCAUUAGGGUAAUACGGUUAAAGCAAAACCCAAUAAGACAAAAAACAAAAUAUGCUUACUUUUAAAGCUGUAAUACUGAUGUGUUUAUUCUGAAUUUUAAUUAUUUUAACAAAAAUCUGCUAAACAUAUGAAGCCAACUUAGUUCCUUAAAAUGUUUCCAUUUAAAUUAAGGUUAAACUGUAAACAAAUAAUGUGGUAUCUUUGCAAAUCAACAUCGUUUUACACAAUUUGAUUGUAAACCGUGAAUGUAGAAUAUUUGCAAAUAUACUUCGGUAACUACAAACGUACAAUUUUAAUUAAUAUGUUAAAACUUUUGCAGCUGGGAUUCUUGAAUAUUAAACAGUUUGAUGCAAAACAAAAUUAGGAAAUUAUUUUUGUGACCUUAAGAUAGUAGUUAAUGUAAUCAAUAUUCCUGUUGACUUGUCAUUGUUUCCACACAUCUGAAAACAUUGAAUUGCAUGUAAUGAAAAAUGAAAAAAAUUGCAAUUGUAUUGUUAACCACUACCUCCUGUUCUCCCAAAGUAGGAAAAAGUACAAAUCCUUAUGAAUACCUUUCAUAAUCAUAUGUUAUCUAAUACAAUGCCAAUGACUGGCUUUAUAUUUUUUUAAAAAUUCUCGUUCUGCCUACUCUCAGAAGAACUUUUCAGUUCCGGUUAAUUGUUGGGCUACCAUGAAAUGGAUUGCUUCCUUUAAUCUUAAACUUUAAUUGCACUCCAAACAAAUCUAGGUGUAGUCCCAAAUUGGAAUUGACUGUGUUUUGGAUUUCACCUUUAUGUUUUCCUCCUGAGUUUCAUAUACUCUUCCCCUUAGGGGAAAAAAGGGGGUGUGGUUAUGCUUUAAAAAUUCAGGAAAGCUCCUUUCUGACUAGGUGAUAGAAAUUGUAUCAAAACUGAUGACUGUUAUUUCAAUUUUAACUUCAGUGUGAUGGAAUUGUUUAAAGAAAGGCAUAUCCUUUAUUACUGCUUUCUUCCUUUAAAUGAUUGCCAAAUGCUUUUCAUAAAUUUACUGCCAAACUGAAAUUAACAACAGGAUUGGUGUUGAUGAAUUGAUUAAAAGCACCUCUUGUCUCACCGGUGCUCAUUCUUAGUUGAAGUAUAUUGUUAUAAUACUAAUAACUAUUGUAUAAACAAUUUAAGAAUUAGCUUGACU